AAACAGAACAUGGACUUUCGUCAUUAAUAAUUGUUAAACAUUUUUCUGCCAAUAUACAGUGCCUUUUUUAUUAACGCAGUGUACGAUUUCUACUUAAAAAAUGGGAAAUGCAGAAAGUGGCGUAGCAUUCUCAGAAGAUUUCAUCGGUCAAGUGAAUUCAAUGGCGGCGAUGAUGUCUGAAGAGGGCAGCAUUCCUUUAACUUCAUUGAAGCCACUCGUAGAGGUUCUGAAGGACAUCGGGCAAAGCAUUCGACAUGUAGAAGAAAUGUGCUCCCGACUAGAGAAAGAAGUGGCCAGUUUGCGAGAUCAACAACUUCUCACCGACUCGCGAGUGCUGGAGCAAGGUGCCGUACUACGGAAUGCUUUGAAGACACACAGCUCGACUCGCACCGCUGCUGGAAACCCAGCCAACACGGAAAAAUCCGAGGAGGAGGAGGAGGAGGAGACAAGGCAGAAAGAGAAGACGAGCGAAACGACAGCGGGAGAAGAGAAUACAGAAGCAGAAAUCCAGAUCGAGAAGAAAAGACGCGACCGACAACGGGCCCAGGCAGCUGUGUAUGCAACCACAGAAAGAGAAAAUUCCAACAGCCAGAAGACACAAUUUGAGUACGAAGACGAAGAAAUUAGAGAUGUGAAAAAGUUUGUACUGCCAAAAUCGAUUUCUGGGCAGAACCUCUUCAAUGCAGCAGCUGCUGGGCAAAUAACUGAGUUGAAGUACCUUCUCGACGCAGGCGUGGAUCCGAACGAAACUGCCCCGGGUGGCACUGCCCUUCACAAAGCAGCUGCUAAAGGCCAUUUGUCUUGCAUUUCACUUCUCCUGAAGCGAGGAGCCUGUCCUGACAUCACGGACAUUCUGGGGCGAUCCCCAUUGCACUUGGCAUCGUUGCAUGGGCAAAUCGAGUCUAUUAAGGAACUUAUCAGAUACGGAGCUUCUCUGUCUGCAAGGGAAGGCAAUGGGCAGAGGCCUCUGCACUACGCUGCCAUUGGUGGAUUUGGGGAGGCAGUUAAGGAAAUUCUGAAGCGAGGAGAGAAAGUUGAUGUGAUGGACAAUUGUGGCGAGACUCCCCUUAGCUUGGCUGUCACUUACAAUAGACCAGGUUCAACCAAAGCACUUUUGGAAGCUGGAGCAAAAAGAACAGACAUUAAAGGAAGGCCUUUGGUGACAUUUGCUUCCUCAGAAGAAGUUAAACAGCUUUUAAUGUCUUCUAAGUAAUCAUGCAAGUUUUAUAAGGGAAUGUGCAAUUUACCUUGAUUUCAAAAAUAAACACUAUGUAACAAAGAGGAAACUAAAAGAAUACAAAUCAAAUAACUUAACAAGAUGAAAAUAGCAGAUGUUCGCUGUACCUUCAUUUGUAACAGAAAUUUGAUAUA